AUGUGCAGCAUUCAAGUCGAGAGCUGGGCGAGGGAGGAGGCAUCCAAGUAUGUCCCAGCUCAGAAACGCCAAGGAGAAAGUAAGGUCGAUGUCAUGCGCAACCCCUAUAUGGGCGCAAUGAGAGAGUGGCAAAGAGUUUCCCUUCGCCAAGACUGGAGCAGAAGAACGAAGAGACGGCUGGUCUUCAAAGCGGUCGUGAUCCUGGUGUGUUUAGUAAUCGCUCUGAGGCAGGUUAUCUCCCUCAUCGACGAUUACCUGUCCUCGACGACCACUACAUCUCACAUAGCCAAAAUAGUUGACAAGAUCCCUGCUCCGGCAUUCACCUUCUGCCCGAAACCGACCCUGAAAGCUUCUUUCAAGGGAAGUGCAAAUAACCAAUUCAGUGCUCUCAAGAAUGCCUCCGUCUCCUUGACCGAAUUCAUCUCCCAUGCUCCCUUCGAAGGACUAAAUUUCACGUCCGUUUCAUCAGCCAAUGGAGAAACCACCUUCGUCCUUGUAAACGGGAGCUGGAGCGAGCGGACCUUCUGGGAGGUUGGCGACGUGCGAAAUCCUCCAGAGAUCUUCAAGUGCUUCACGCUGGCCUUGAGAGACGAAAUGCCUGCUGGGACGACCAACCGCGUUUAUAAUUCCAUGUAUUUCAUCUUCGAUUUCACGUCGAUCUCGAAGUCCAAGCACGAAGAGAUUCCCUCACUAGUCGAAGUUUACAUCCACGAGCAAGCGGAGAAAUUUAGCAAUCUGGGCCUAAUGGCGAUCGAAAACGCAUUCGUAUUCAAGAACACCACCGCCAAUCUCUUCAUUCGUUCAGACUACGCCAGGAAACUGAAGAAGCGGAGAAGGCCCUGCAUCAUGCAUAAAGGCCAUAGCUACGUCAGGUGUAUGGAGAAUUGCUUCUGGGGAUGGGUCCAGUCCCGUCCACAACUGCCGUGUCUCGACCCCAUCCUGAUCACAAAGGAGGUCAACCUGACGAAGCCUGUAUGUUUAGAUCCAAACAAUAGCAAGGUGAUGCUCGAGGAACUGGAGAAAGCCAGAAAAUAUUUCAUGGAUCCUGAAUCCGAGCUAGGAAAGAAUUGCAGUUGUCCAAAGAGGUGUCACAGGUCCAUCUAUUAUAUCUUCCCCGAAUCAAACUCGAACGGUUUCAAGGUUUCUGAGUUUUCUCGUAAUACCGGGUCUGCCACUCUCUUCUUCAACUUUCCCUCGCGUCGGGUGUCUACCUUCGUGGAACAGGAAAAGACGACCAUCCUAGAGCUUCUCUCCGACAUCGGGGGAAUCGUCGGAAUCUGUCUCGGCGUUUCCAUCGUCACCAUCUUCGACUUGGUCGACUGGGCUUGUUCCCGCAUCCGCUGCAAAUUGCUUUCUUGCAGAAAGAAGAUCGUCCGAGGCUCCAAUCACUAAUCGAAUCGUCGCGACUCUCUCUGUACGCGUGCCGUUGGGUCUCACCUCUUGGAGACGACAAGACCCCAUUGAAUGAUGGUCAUUUGGUUCCCUUCCACUUAAUGACCCAUUUUCAGCACCGUCC